CCGAGCCGGAAGCAUCGUUUGCUGCGUUGCUUUUUCGGCAGUGCAGAGUAGAGAGCUCCAGGAUGGCUGACGCGGCCGGUCAGGAAACCACGCUGUGCUCCGAGCAGUUCGGCUCCGGAGAGGCACGGAGCUGCCUUGCCUCAGCUGACGGAAGCCUGCAGUGGGAGGAGGAGGACUGCCCAUGGUGGUGGAGGAUCUCCCAGGCCUUCACCGCGAAACCCGAAGGAGGAGAGGAGGGCGGCCAGGGUUCCCCCAGGGCGGCGCUGCCACCUCUCUCAGGCCUCAAGGCCGUGUUUCUGCCUCAAGGCUUCCCCGAGAGCGUGAGCCCGGACUAUCUGCCCUACCAGCAGUGGGAUUCCGUGCAGGCCUUCGCUUCCAGUCUCUGCAGCGCCCUCGCCACCCACUCGGUUAUGCUGGGCUUGGGGGUGGGGAACGCCGAAGCCUCGCUCGCAGCCGCCACAGCCACCUGGCUCGUGAGAGAUUCCACUGGCAUGCUGGGCCGAAUCAUCUUUGCCUGGUGGAAAGGGAGCAAACUGGACUGCAAUGCAAAGCAGUGGAGACUUUUUGCUGAUAUCCUCAAUGACGCAGCCAUGCUCCUCGAGCUUGUGGCUCCUGUACUCUCGGUCAGCUUCACCAUGAUCGUCAGCAUCAGCAACUUAGCCAAGUGCAUUGUGAGCGUGGCUGGAGGGGCCACACGGGCUGCGCUGACCGUGCACCAGGCCCGGAGAAACAACAUGGCUGAUGUGUCGGCCAAGGACGGCAGCCAGGAGACACUGGUGAACCUUGCGGGGCUCCUGGUCAGCCUCAUCAUGCUUCCUCUAAUGUCGAACUGCCCUCGCCUCAGCCUCGGGUGUUUCUUCCUCCUCACCGCCCUCCACAUCUAUGCCAACUACCGUGCGGUCCGGACCCUGGUCAUGGAGACCCUGAAUGAGAGCAGGCUCCGGUUGGUCUUGAAGCACUUUCUGCAAAGCGGGGAGGUCCUUGACACCACAUCAGCCAAUCAGAUGGAGCCCCUGUGGACAGGUAUUUGGCCAUCUCCGUCUCUAUCGCUAGGGGUUCCUUUGCACUGCGUAGUCUCCAGUGUCUCCGAGCUGCAGCAGCUGGUUGAGGGGCACCAAGAGCCCUAUCUCCUCUGCUGGAACCAGUCGGAAAACCAGGUACAGGUAGUUUUGAGCCAGAUGGCAGGCCCUGAGGCUGUCCUAAGGGCUGCCACACACGGGCUGCUGCUUGGAGCCCUGAAGAAAGAUGGACCCCUUCCACGAGAGCUAGAGGAACUGCGGAACCAGGUACAGGCAGGUCCUGAGAAGGAUGACUGGGCCAUCGUCAGGGAGACGAACCAAGUGCUGGACAAGCUGUUCCCAAGGUUUUUGGAAGGACUGCAGGCUGCCGGCUGGCAGACAGAGAAGCACCAGCUGGAGGUGGAUGAGUGGAGAGCUACAUGGCUCCUGUCUCCAGAAAAGAAGACCUUGUGAGCAGGUCAGGUGGGGCCCAGACAGGAACCUGGAGCGAGGCCGCUUAGGCCGUAGCAGGACACAAGCAGAACGACUUUAAUUUUGCUUAAGUGAACAGGCGCAGCAGGCUGGCCGCGGCCUCUUAGGAAAUGCUUGCCAGUCAGGUGCCUGGGCCCCAAGCAGAGACGAAGCAGAGGGGAGAACCGAGGCCUGCCCUUGCCCGCUCACCUUUCUGAACCCUGCAGGCUCCCCACGCCCGCUUACUGUGAAGCUGAACCCUGCCCCACUGUGGCUUAUGGUGUCCCAGCACAUUUGACUUUAUGCAUAGAAGCCCCAGAGGAACGUGGCCACGGUCAUCAUGAGCAGGGCAUUGAGGUUGACCACGCGGGCCCAAGUCGGGUCCUCGCUGAUGUCCUCCAGCCGCCCAGUGGUCACAGCAACCUCUUCCUCCGUCGGGGGUGGAGGGCUGCCUGCCUGACCCCUGCUCAUGCCGCAGAGCCACAGCAGGCACUGGCGGAAUGGGCCUGGGGCUGGGGCUGGGGUCCAGGGCUCUGGGGGAAAUGGAGGGGUCACGCAGUUCAGUGGGAGGCAGGUGGCUUCCCGGCCCACCUCCCCAGGCAGUCCUUACCCUCCAUCUGCACCGCUUGUUCUGGGCGCCCGUUCUGUACAGGGGAAGAGGUGGGCUCUUCCAGUUCCGCACCAUCCAGGUCCUCCCGUUCCUCUUCGCUGUGCCGGAGACUGAAAACCAGGCGGUGGAGCUGGGAAGGGGCGGAAGCAGGGAGCAAGUGGGAGCUGUGUCCUCGCCCCAGCCGGGCAGGUUGUCCACACUGGCGCACGUCUGUCAGUUUGUCACUCCUGCCCCGCCGCCCUCCGCCCGAUCUGCACAGCCAGCCCAGGCUCAGCCCAGAACUCGCUUUCCACGCGCACCCCUUUGCCCUCCGCUGGGUGUCAAGCUGUUGGCCCUGCUCACCCUCAAGCCUCGUCACGCCGGCGACCUGUCCACACAGCUGCAGCCUCCAGUGCUGCUCUGCUCCGUGCCUGUGGCACCCUGCCCCUCGCCCAGCCCAGCUCUGAUCUUGUCCCCGUAGCCCACUGUGCUCCAGAGCACCUUCCCCAUGGGUGUCCAGGGUGACGCUGUGUCCCUCUCAGCCUGUCCUGUGUGUUGUGUCCCAAAGGCCAUGCCAAAGAUUGACCUUGGGAAGCUUUAAUCACCAACUGCAAAAGUGUUCAGCUCAACACCCCACCCCCCCCAACUACUUCAAAUAAAUGUCAUUUAAGUAAAAAGG